AUUACACAGUGUUGCUUUUAAAUUUUUGAGAGUGAAUCAUUAAAAACAAAAACACCGAGUUAAGGAACGUUUCAAACAUAUUUUCUUGUAUAAAAUUCUCAAUAAUUAUCUUUGAAAAUGGUUUCAAAACGCAAAAACAUGGAGGAUGAAAUGUCCAGGUUCGAAGCCGAAAUAUCAAAAGCGACAGCGUCGAUUCCUUCCAGCGGCUCUUCUUCAAAUCCGUUCAUUCCGUCGCAGGUGCGCACCGUAAUCGGUUCUCAAACCUACAACCAAGUGCAGCAAAAGCUGGCCACGCAUCCAACCAGAAUACCGCCACCUCCGGUUCCUCCUUUUUUGCCAACCUAUAGCACUCUAUCUGGAAGUCAUGGGCAGCAGCAUCAUAGCCAGCAACAGCAACAUCACGCUCCGGAGAAAUCUUACUCCACGGAACCGACACCGGUUGUUGUGAGUAGCGCCCCGAAGCUCUACAAUGCACGUCCGACAGUUGGUGCUCUACCAAAGGUUGAAAAUACUCCCGGAAGCUCUAUUGGACCAACUAUGUCAGCCAACAUGGUACAAUCGUACGAUAUUGCCAACAUACAAUUUGAAGUCACUUCUAAAAUUAAGAAACAGAAAACGGAAAAAUCUGGUCCCAAUCCCAUAGCGGAGGAAGCCAUCAAGGCGGCUCGAGCUUCCUCAGCACUGCAAUCGUUUGGUAACUCGGACCGGAAAGGCAAAAAAGAUCGAAAGACGGUGCGUGUGGCUGGAGGACAAACCUGGGAGGAUCAGUCGCUUAGUGAUUGGCCCGAUGAUGAUUUCCGCAUUUUCUGCGGAGAUCUUGGAAACGACGUCAACGAUGAGCUGUUGACGCGUACCUUCAACAAGUUCCCAUCCUUCCAACGUGCUAAGGUCAUCCGGGACAAACGGACGAGUAAAAGCAAGGGCUAUGGAUUUGUCAGUUUUAAGGAUCCGCAAGAUUUCAUCCGGGCGAUGAAGGAGAUGGACGGUCGUUACGUUGGAAGUCGUCCGAUCAAACUUCGCAAAAGUACAUGGAGAAAUCGGAGCAUCGAGGUGGUCCGGAAGAAGGACAAGGAAAAACAGGCACUUCUUAGUUUGUUCAAUCAAAACUAACUUCUAUUGCAUCUAUGCGUGUAUUUGUGUGUGUGUUUGGGUUAAUCAACUACAGCUUUCCCUAUCUUGAUGUAAGUACAAUUAAAACUCCCAUUUCGGCCGAGUUCAGAAUAUUUCUCUUUCGGCGAAAGAAAUUGUUCACUUUACGACGAUGACUUAAGCUUUCGCGUGUGUUAGAGUAGGGCUCGAUUCGAUUGGAUCUUGCAGAGUUUUUGGAAGCUUAACCAUCAUACACAAAGAAACCAAGAUGAAAAAAAAACUAUUAGGACAAAAUAAAUUAAGUUUUGGAUGAAA